UAUCAGAAGGUUGUGUGGCGUUUGAUUUCAUGUUCCCGCCCCUGCCUCUGUUGCUUGAAAAUCCCAAAUACUUUUCUGCUCGCCAAGAGGAAAUCAAGAAAGGCUUUCGGUGUCACUUUCGAGUAUUAAGUCCCACGAGGAUUCACAGUUUAUUUUAUAACCAUAUUCAGCCGGGCAAGGGCGCAAUUCAAUAUAAUUCAACGAACGACUAACCUUCAAUUCACCGCCAUUGUAUGUGUCGUGUCCGCUGUUGCAAAACACCACAUGGCUUUCGAAUGAAAGGAACUCCGUUUUCAGUUGGUCUCUGAAGUUCGUGAAUUAUCUUUACAGCCUUCCUCGACGAAGAAAGGUCCACCAAGUAACCACAAAUCGAAGAACGGAAACAGAAACUGCUCGAGCAAUCUACUGUCGCUGUUCAAUGCAGACUGAAUAAUCACUUUUUUUACCAUUCGCUGCACAAAUUAUAAUUUUGUGCCAGCCUCGUCCUCGAGUCGGUCACGUUCAACUGGACGAAUAGAGCUUCCUAUCUUGUGAAUGUGGAGUUUUGUUCUUAAAAUACCUCAACAGAGAACAAGGGAUGGCAUCACAAGCUGUAUCAAAGGGUUCCAAGCGAAUAAAAUUAUCGCCAAACUCCGAUGAGAAAGAUGAUGUAAACAGUUGUACUACUGGCGAACAGGGUCAAUCAUCAGUUGACAUGGCUUUGGAUAAAAAAACAGUCGAAUCCAGCGACGAGCAAAACUCAAAGUCAACAAAGAAAGACAGUGAACUAGUUGUAAUAUCAUCUUCGUCAUCUGAUGAUGAUUCAGACAAGGAACUUAAGACAGACACUGUGGAACCUGUUGUAAAAAAGGAGGAGGCAGAAACAUUCCCUGAUGUUGUAAAAAGCAAAUUGCAAGUGAAUCAAACAGAAUCCCUUGAACAGGAUUCUAAACAAAUUAAGGUUGCUACAGAGCCAAAAGUAGAAAGGAAGGAUUCAGACUUGGAUGAGUGUAUCUCCCAGGAGGAUCUCCUAGCACAGUUGGGUUUGAGUUCUGUGAAAGAACUUAACAAAAAGGAGACAAGCAACAUGGAGAAUAGCACACCAUCUGCAAAUGCAAAUGGGGUUGAGAGAAAACCUUUGAUAUCCCACAGAGCUAAGGAAAGUAUCGUUGAAUUCUUGAAAAUACCAAAGUUAUCUUCUUUGGACAGCAGGAAAAAGAACAAUGGUGAGGUCAAGGGUGAUGUCAAAAUCACUAAUGGUAAUACUAGUGAUGGCUCGAGGCCAGAUUCCCCUCUGUCUGAUGAAAAUGAUGAUGAUCUUCAAGCUAAAGAAAAAUUGAUUGCACACCUUAGAAAUGAACUGAAGCAAGAAGAAGCCAAACUUCUCUUGUUGAAACAACUACAUGCUGCACAAAAUGAUGUCAAAGGUAGCUCCAAAUUUCAAAAAGAAAAUGUGGAGAAGGUACAGACACAAGGAGCCUCUUCCCAACCUGUGAAGUCCUCUAUGCAGCUUCCACCUAAAAAAGGUCAGAAUCUUCCUCCCCCACCACCUUUGAAGGCCUCAACAGUACUAGCCACUUCUACUUUCCAUCCACCCAGGGAUGUUCCAGGACAGCCAAGGCUGCUUCCAAAAGGAAGUAGUAAUGCUCAAUCACAGUCCUCAAACUCUGGAUCUUCAAAAUUUUUAGGUCCUGCAGCCCAGACCCUGAAAGAGUUUGCAGUGCAGCAGUCCAUUCAUCAACAUUCAACUCAGUCACAUUCAAAACCUGGAUCAUCUGCAAUUGCAGAUCUGCAAAAUGUUGUCACCUGCAUGGCAAAUCUAAUUCAGCCUACUCCUCUGUACCCCCACAGUGGAGGCAGAGGCAGUCCAGCAUAUUCUGCAGCAAAUCAGCCUGCCCCUGUCCGCCCUACCCCUGUCAGAGCCAACAAUGUUAGCAGCCUCCCAGCCAGUAGUGGAUAUGUGUCAUUUCAGCAUCACUUGCCUAGUAGUUCUCAUCAGCAAAGUCCAGGUGGGAAACAAGCUGCAGCCAAGAUGGCACUACGAAAGCAGUUGGAAAGGACACUUCUUCAGAUACCACCACCAAAGCCACCUCCUCCUGAAUGGUCAUUUAUUCCAAGCCUUGGCAGCCAAGACUUCAUGCUUUUGGUUGGGCUUGAGUCUGUGGUGGAUGUUAUGGCUGCUAAAGAAGCCAAGGGAAAACAUAAUGUUCCAUUGCAAGAGCAAUUGAUAAACCCCAAAGUUUGUUCACGUUGUAACACAGACUUCUCACCUUCUUGGACAAAUAAGCCGGGCAAGGACUCAGAGCUGGUAACUGUGUGUGAAAAGUGUAGCACUGUCAAUGUGAAGAAAGAGCUUAAAGCAGAACACACUGCUCGUUUGAAGGCAGCAUUCUUGAAAGCUCUUAAGCAGGAACAGGAGAUUGAGCAAAAAAUUAAUGAUACCCCUCAAAUUGCACCUAAGCCUCAUCACCAAAGUCAGAAGUCUUCUCCUCAGCCUCCUCUAGCACCUGCACCCCCACGUCACCACAUUGCACAUCACCAACCUAUCAUGCAUCAUCAUCACCAACCAGUUCAACCAGCACUGUACCACCACCAUCAGCCUCACACCAACUCACUGUUAUUUCAACUGCAGCAACAGCACUUGCAGCAGCAACACCAGGAGUUGGAAGCUGCAGCGAGACAGCAAGCUGAUGUCAGAUGGCAUCCAUAUAUAAGUCAGCACCAUCACUCUGGAUCUCGCAACCCACAGCAUCAUCAUAGCUAUGUGUCAGACUCUGAUAGACAAUACUUGCUGGACAUGAUUCCUUCUUUGCCAACACCAACUCUUGGUUAUGGCUCUAGUAGAAUCUAGUGUAUAGAUUUAAAGGAGGUAAUACCUGAGCCUUGUUGAAUUGAAGCACCACUUUUCACAAUAUUCUUCUAUACUUCCAGAUAUUGAUCUUAGUAGAAACAGGUUUAGGCAAAUAAGAGGACAAUCAAUGAUUCCAGGGUAGAUCACCAGUUGCGUAUUUGAUGGGAAGGUAGAUGUUUUUCUUCUUUGACUUUGAUACUGAGGUACUAUCAAAUUAGGUUUUGACAUUCUCCAAUAUUUCACAGGGACUGAAAGCCUGGUACUUUCUCUCCAAAUAUAUUAGUUCAGUUAAUUCUGACUAGCUGUUUUUCAAUGGUAUGUGGAUGGUGCUUCAUUUAAGUAAGGCUCAAGUAAAGAAAUAACUAUUUAACAUAGUAAAUAAAAGAAACAUGUAUAAAAUUAUCUUUAAUUAUAGACUCUAUCUUGAAUUGACAAUUUUUGUUCACCAUCCUGCUUCCUAGAAAUCUUUCAGUGCAUUGUACUGCACAAAGAGCGAUAAAAUUUUUGUUUCCUGUGGAAGAUGUCCAGCCCCCUAGAGUUACAAAUCUUAGGUUUCAAUGAUGGAGCUCUACUUAAAGCAGUUAACAGCAUCCCUUAUUGUGCAAACAAUUUCUAUCUAGCAUACAUGUAAGUUUAGUCCUAUUUACAACUUUGUUAGAUAUUAAUGCCCAUAGGAGUGUAAAGCCAGAUAAACAACAGUUGGAGUAAAAUCACAACUUUUUGCACAGCUUAAGGGUAGCUCUAAUCAAGGUGGAUUUGUUGGUCUGCUUAGGGAGGGUAUAGGAAGGUGUGCAGGAGGGUGGAUUCUUCUUUGGGCAGACUGCCCAAAUUACUUCUGGGUGUAGCUGUACCAGGUAUUUAGGCUGUAUUCUGGGAAAUAACCUCAAACUCUUCUUAUUAGACAAAUUGCUAUUAUAUUUGAAUCUUUCACUGAAUAUUCUAUUUCCUGUCGAUAAAAAUAUGGACAUUUCAAUUUAUUUAUUUAUUAUCAAAAGCAACUGCUUCAGAGAUAACAAACUGUAGUAUAAAUAAAGUCU